AUGCUGGAGGGUCAGUGGUCUGAGGCUUUGACCAACAACAACAUCCGAGCCAUCAUUUGCUGGCUGGAGACGCUAACCACAGAAGGUGACGCUCAUGUGGCAGAAACUCUACCCACCUUCAGCUGCUGGGUUCAGAGGACUGCAGAGUUUACUAAAAAGGAGGUGCUUACCUUGUGCUUCAGCCGCUGUCAGGGUCUGUGGAUGUAUCUGAACCGGAGCGCCUUCAGUAGAGUCAACAUGUUGCUCCAAAGAUUAAAAAACCUGCUCACCUUGGCCCAGUGGGCAAGAAAAAAGCUUUGUGCUGCCCAUUUUUGGCAUGGUGUGGGGGUUCCAUGCAUGAUUUGCAUGGACACACACAGCUCUUCAGCCAUCAGACAAGACUGCUGGAACAGGGAACACAAUACUCUGAAACAACACAUCUGGCUAGGACAGCUGAUUCAAUGGUGGGGCAUCACGGGGCUCCUGCCUAAGUUCCCUGAGGUGCAAGAAGUCAAGCGUAUUACUCAGAUGUGGAAGGAAAUGGAUCCUAAGCACAGAAAAGUGUGUCUUGAAACACCUAGGUGCAGGAAGGGAGAAACAGGACGAUUUGACUUUUUGAUAGAGGGCAUGGUGAUGCAGCUAAACAAUCAACACGGGUGCAUUUGGACUUCUGAGGACUGCACGGAUGAGUGCUAUCCUCCUCCUAAUUUGCAGGCUCUGCUGAAGCUUGUGCUGGUGCCUCAUAUUGACAACAUGUCCAUCCACGCUAUUUUCAUGUACUUUAUCCUGGAUGUGGCAAAUUUCCUCCAGUGCAAAGACAACCUUCUUCAGUCUUUCUGCCAUGCCUUCACAAUUCCUUCAAGCUUCUCUCAACAAGUCCGAGCCUUCUGGCUGUUUGACCAUGGACACAUCAAGGCAUCCAUGGAGUUAUUACUUAGCCCAAGAGCCACUGUUCCCCUGAACUCCUGGCAGCAUCACUGCAUCAUCAACUGUCUCCUGUCAAGAAAGCAGCCUCAGAUGGCUUUGAGGUACCUCCAGUGGACAAGACCUGCAAUAGAGACUGUCGAAGAUGCCAAACUAUGUGCAGACGUGCUUCUUCAAAGCAGCUGUGUUUCUGAUGCCUGGGCUCUGUUGAGGAGAAGCCACACAGAAAGUGAAAACAUGGUCACGUACUUUCUCCAGGCUUGUAGAAGGUUCAAUCUGUCAACAGAAGCUUUAAAUUACAUUCCUGAAGGAUAUUGUGAGGAAGAGGACUUCAGUGGGAUAUUGCCACUGAGGAUGAAGGACUGCUUGGAUGAAACGGCACCUCGUCCUUUGUCUGCCAGUCUCUAUCAUCAUCAGAGAGAAAGUUCAAUGUCCUCAGAGCAGCUGGUGAAACUGCUUGAAAAGGCUGUGAUGGAAAUGAGACAACCGCAUCCGAAAAUAAGAGAGGUUGUGUGGCCAAAGCCUACAGAGAAAAAAUCAAAGAGCAGAGAACUGUUUCUGUCCGUCCAGGCUCUGAGACAUCUUACACCCAGCCCGUCGCCAGCGGACAUGAUGGACAACACAGAGAAUAUGGCACCUACAGAGAACCCAGAGGAGCAGGAUCAAUCUGAGCUAAUGAAGCACAGUUCCUCCUCUGAGAGUCUGAGCUCUGUGUCUGCCUCAUCCUUCACCUCAGCUUCAUCACUGCCUCUGCUCAAACAUCCUUACGUAUAUGAGCGCACGGUGACUCUGCAGAGGAUCUCGUCUCUGCUAACAGAUGGAGAAAAUCAAAGCAGCGAGGAAGGAGAAGAAGAAGCUAAUGACGAAGUGGAUGAAGAGGAAGGAAGAGGGACUCUGUCCCCGUCUGAUUUCAUGUCAGAUUGCUCGAAGCUGAUUUGGACACCAGAUGGCGCCAAAGAGCCAGUUUCCCUUGACAGUUCAGGAAAUGAAAUAGUGGUGGGGCAGGAGUUUUCUGCAGAGGAGUCACCAGAGAAAGAAGAUCAGUCAGACUCCGUCUUCUCAGCCACACCUGACUGUUUUCUGGAAACAAAAAUCAACCUCGACCAACAUGAACAUCACCAGCAAGUGGAUUCCCUUGGGCCUCUCAGUCAGGACCACUCUUGUUCUCCAUCUAAAACGUCCCUGGAUCAGCACACUGAUCUUAACUGGAGCUUCGUUUCAGAGGAAAUUAUACCUGGUGGCUCUCCGGGGAUGUGUGAGCAGGAUAGCUCCAUCUCUCCCACACAUCUUAAGAUAACUGGUGGCUCUCUAACACUCUGCCCAGAGCGUAAUAUCAAAACCCCCACAGCGCUUUCUGCCAUGGCUGGUGAGAUCACCCUCAAAUCCAAAUUACAAACAAAUGAACUCAUUCCGCCGAACAUCCCACCUUGGCGUGAUCAUUGGAAAGCGGGGGGCUGGUGGAAUCAGAAGACUGAGACUCACAGAAUCUCCAGCAACCCGUUAUCUGCUAAAGAUCCAGGAGCAAUGAUUGGAAAAGACAAAGACACAUCUCCACCUCUACAGGGUCCCUCAUACACCUGCAGCCUGGUCAGCUUUAUGGAUUUAACGGCUUGGCAAAGAGAUGCCAAACAGGCGGAGAAAGAGGAGCUUGAGACUUUGAGUGGGAAGGCUCCACAACAAGGAGCAAUAAGAAGAGGAAGAACCCGAUCCAGCAAAGGAAAACGACUGAGGAGAACAUGAGGACAUAUCAAGAUGACGGACAGUUUAUUGAGAUGACCAAUCAUUCUUUUACAUUAAAAAUGUACUUUGCUUCUAGAUGUCAAAGCAUUCUUUAAGCAAUUUCUAACCUUUAAAAUUCAGCUUAUGAUACAAAUGUGAAUCUUCUAAUAUUAAUCUUUUAACCCCCCCCCCCCAGUCACCUUGUUUCUGAUAAUUCUCACAGUAGCACACCAAGAUCAUCCUUUCACACCCUUAUUACAAUGAAUAUACAUCAGAAAAAAUCCUACAGUCAACAUUAAAAGCGUGCAUGUUGUUCCCAUGUAAACACAAAUGCAUUGCAUGUUAAAAUGCACGGGUGUUGUCCUUGAAAAUGAUUCUGCACUUUACAUUCUUCGCUGGCUUCCCUCCAUUUGAAAAAAGAUGUUUGCUUUGCUGCCAUAGCAUCUCAUGAAAAAUGGAUGACCUCCCAAUGCUUUUUUCUGCCCAUCCCUUAACAUGUUUGCCCAGAACGCAGGGAAUGCAUUUGGGUUAGCAUCGCCCUCCCUCCCUCCCUCUCUGCCUCCCUUUUCUUUCUCUGUG